AUUGAUCAACGGAAGUAUUUCCAUUCGGCUCUGAAUGUUUUCAGGGUAUCAGGAAGAGGAAAACUUACGUACAAAUGUUGAAGAAAAUGAAGAAUUUUUUGGUAAAAGGUGCCAAACAUGUUAUCACGUGACGUGACCAUAUUAGUUGUGCAAUUUUGUGAAUUUUGUGAAUUUUGCGGAAAUGAGGCACUUUACACGCGCUCCACAGGCUUCGAAAAUCGAAACCUUCCAAGCGUCUGUUGGAAAAAUACAAUUUUCUCCAAACGGUGGAAUAAAAAUAUGUAACGAUAUGUAACGAAAAACGAACCAAUAAUCUUAAUUUUUCGUCUGAUUUUCAUUUCUAAUUCUUCGCGUGUACGUACGAAUAAUCUGGAAACUUGUUAUUCUUCAUUCUUGGAUUAAUUCGCAGACAUUUAUACACGAGGUGCGUCCGGAUUGUUAUACAAACAGAUAUUUCAAAACCGUUGAUACCGUGUGAAAAUAUGUUUUCCGGGUGUGAAAUUAAACAGUCGACUGAAUGUACCUAACAGACAAAUCGUGCUUGUUCGGCCGAUAACUGUCGGUUUUCUGAAUGUUUGAGGCACACCGAUAAUCGAAGGCAAAGCGGGAUGUUAAGAGUGUAAAAAGUAUUAUCUCAUUGUCAACCACGAUGUUCGAUACAUUUUUUAUUUUGUUUAAACUUUGUUAUUACCUGAGCAAAGAAAUUCGUGCGAAAUUUGUUCGCUAUCAUUGGAUGCUAGACAUUCGGAAAGCAAUAAAUAGCGUUCGUUAUCUAUGCGUGUUGAAAUCACUAUUGAUUCAGUUCAGUAGCGACGUAGGUCCGUAACCGUAUGUAAAGCAGCGUUGACGUAAGAAGCUCGCGAGUUAUAUCGAGAAUUCUACUCUGAAAUCUAGUCAACUACCGAUUAUCCGACAGGUUUCAAAUUGGAAAGCGAAUGUCACAGCGGAUCAUAAUGCUACAAUACGCACUCGUGUUGAUCUGGUGCAUUUAUGCAGUAAACGCUGACCCCUGCAUACCUCGAGAGUUCGAAAAUGGAACGGUGUGCGUAUGCAACGCUACUUACUGCGACAGCACCCCGGCUCACGAUCUCCCAGAGGUCGGUUUCUACAUCCGAUACACGUCGAAUGAAGAUGGCUUGAGACUCGACAAGACUCAGGGGGCUUUCGGCAACGUAUCAACAUCCGAAGAGGAACUCCUUAUACUUCUACGAAACAUCACCUAUCAAAAGAUUCACGGCUUUGGUGGUUGUUUUACGGAUUCGGCGUGCAUCAGCAUAAAAUCACUCAGCGAAGAUGCCCAGAAAAAUUUAAUGAGCUCUUACUUUAGCAGCGAAGGUAAUGCGUAUAAUCUUGGACGUGUACCGAUUGCUGGCACUGAUUUCUCCACAAGGUUGUACACCCACGAUGAUUACUCAGGUGACUUACUGCUGAAGAAUUUCAGUUUAGCAGACGAGGACCUGUAUUACAAAAUUCCACUGAUGCAACAAGCUCUUGAAAUGAGUCCGGAGCUGAAAUUCAUCGCUGCAUCCUGGAGUGCUCCACCAUGGAUGAAGACAAAUAACGAUUACAUCGGUCUUGGAUUUCUACUCAAAGAAUACUACCAGCUGUAUGCCGAAUAUCUUAUCAAAUUCUUGGAUGAGUACGAAAAUCACGGUUUGGAAAUGUGGGCAAUCUCGACUGGUAAUGAACCAAACGACGCGUUCAUCGACGGUUAUGAAAUAAACUCCCUGACGUGGCUUUCAUCCACCAUCGCUGAAUGGGUUGCCGAAAAUUUAGGUCCAACGAUAAGCGAAUCGAAGCACAAUAAAACUUUGAUCCUCGCUCUCGACGACCAGACAUCUUACUUGCCUAACUUCGUUGAGGAAAUGUUUGUUAAUGAAACGGCUAAGAAUUACACAGCUGGAAUCGCCGUUCAUUGGUAUUACGAUACGGAUACUCCCUCAAGUGUGCUUCAGGAAACCCACGAUCUUUUCCCUGAUAAAUUUCUCCUCAUGACUGAGGCAGCGGUAGCUGCCAAUCUGUCCGACGGCAAACUUCUUUUGGGAUCUUGGGAUUCAGGGGAAAAGUACAUAAUGGAUAUAAUCGACAAUCUACGAAACUGGGUGACUGGUUGGAUCGACUGGAAUCUAGCUUUAAACGAAGAGGGUGGUCCCCAUUGGCACUAUACCUACGAUCAGUCUUCCAUUGUUGUAAAUGCCGAAGCCGACGAAUUCUACAAGCAGCCAUUGUUCUACGCCAUAUCUCACUUCAGCAAAUUCAUACCGCGGGGUUCCGUAAGAGUGGAACUCACUCACAAUCAGGUUACAAACGCCACAGUAGAUUUUGUAGCCUUCAUGACGCCGGAGGAUAAGACCGUUCUCGUGAUCUUCAACAAGUGGUCCGAAGAAAGACAAGUGAUCAUUUCUGACCCAGAGCGAGGAAACAUCGACUUGCAGUUAUCUCCCAAUUCGGUGCAAACCAUCAUCUACAAGUAGCGUAUUGCGAUGUAAUCAAAGGAGUGCGGCGUGUGUGAACGCGGACGUCUGUUGAGGAAAAAUUUUAAAUUUUGUAUCAAAUUCGAUACUUACAAAUACAUACCGCAACUAUAUCACUGUGAAAUUUUGAGAAGAUACAUCAAUCGAUGAUACGGAAUGAUUGUGUUUUUUGAAAAAUGGUAGAAUGCAAGUUUUGAAUUGCCAGUCAAUUAUCUUUUACAUCAUACAACAAGAUCCGAGUUUACAAAUUCCAAUCAGUCAUAAACUGGUUUGUUAUCAUUCUGGACUAUUGUCGACCAACUUCAAAAACGUAUCUGAUCCUAUAUUCGCGAAAGUAUUUUUCGUUUCUCCAAUGACUUGUGGUCAAUUGUUCACGUUUUUCCACUGUGUUUAUCAUGACGAGUAUCCCAUGUUUCCCACCUUCUCCGACCAUUCGUUACUCAUUGCUUCUAUUUGGUGACUCUCCGACAUUCCUUAUAGUAACCUUAUAGCCUCACUCCAUAUAACGACACUCCAGUCCAA